UACUGUAGAUUUAAGUGUGAAAAUUUGUGCAGAGCAGUAUCCAUAGUAUCAUAAUUUCAUACCGACAUAUUGAGGGAUAAAGCUCUCUACAAUUCGAAAAUGGCUUCAAUUCCUUCGAAUUUAGCUAUUCCUGUGUGCAAUUCGUCGAUUAUUUCUUCAAGACCGCAAGUUUCGGUCUACUGUUCGUACCCCUCAAACUUUAUGGCGAUGAAGCCUUCUCGAAUCACUUCUUCCAGAAUUCUGGCUGCUCCUCAAGUGUUGGAAUCCAAUGCCGCUUCUACUGCUACUGAGGUUGCACCAAAGCAGAAGAUUAGAAUCAAACUGAGAUCAUACUGGGUACCCCUGAUAGAAGACUCUUGCAAGCAGAUAAUGGAAGCGGCAAGGACAACAAAUGCAAAGACUAUGGGUCCAGUGCCUUUACCAACAAAGAGAAGGGUGUACUGUGUUCUCAAAUUCCUCACGUGCACAAAGAUGCGAGGUUCCAUUUUGAAAUUAGAACUCAUCAGCGACUCAUUGACAUCCUUUACCCAACUGCGAAACAAUUGA